GCGACGUAAAGCGUCAUUGAAGCGACGUAAAGCGUCAUUGAAGGGCCGAGGACAGCUGACUGGAUUUUAGGGCUUCCUGCUGACAGCAUCACGUUGUAGUUGUUAGCGGAGAGAUACUGGUGGCCUUUUGAUUUUAAACCACAGAAAUUAAUGCUCUAUUUGGCUUGUGUGUUUUAACGGUAGUUAUUCAUUCUUGUCCAGAGAGGUAUCCUACAGCUGUAUCAGGAUGGAUAUCCGCGGGGCGGUGGACGCUGCAGUGCCCACCAACAUCAUCGCUGCCAAGGCAGCUGAAGUCCGAGCCAACAAGGUCAACUGGCAGUCAUACCUGCAGGGUCAGAUGAUCUCUGCCGAGGACUGUGAGUUCAUUAAGAAGUUUGAAGUGGCUCAUUCUGAGGAGAAACAGAUCAUCCUCACCAAUGAAGGACAUCAGUGUGCCAAGACGUUCCUGAACCUGAUGGCUCACAUCUCUAAGGAGCAGACUGUCCAGUACAUCCUCACUCUGAUAGAUGAUACCCUGCAGGAGAAUCACCAGAGGGUGAACAUCUUCUUCGACUACUCCAAAAAGACCAAGAACACCGCCUGGUCCUACUUUCUGCCCAUGCUCAAUCGCCAGGACCUGUUCACCGUCCACAUGGCGGCCAGGAUCAUCGCUAAGCUAGCAGCCUGGGGUCGUGACCUGAUGGAGGGAAGUGACCUCAACUACUACUUCAACUGGAUCAAGACCCAGCUCAGCUCCCAGAAGCUUCAUGGUACAGGUCCAGAUUCCUCAGGACAAGGCACUAUAUCCCCCAGUGAAAGCUCUCAGUAUGUGCAGUGUGUAGCAGGCUGUCUCCAGCUGAUGUUGAGGGUGAAUGAGUACAGGUUUGCCUGGGUGGAGGCUGACGGGGUCAACUGCAUCACGGCUGUGCUCAGUAACAAGUGUGGUUUCCAGCUGCAGUACCAGAUGGGGUUUUGUGUGUGGCUGCUGGCCUUCAACUCUCAGCUCUGUGAGCAGCUACGCCGUUACAACGUGGUGCCGGCCCUGUCUGACAUCCUGCAGGAGUCUGUCAAGGAGAAGGUCACGCGCAUCAUCCUGGCUGCCUUCAGGAACCUGUUGGAGAAGUCAGCGGAUAGGGAGACCCGUCAGGAGUAUGCUCUGGGCAUGAUCCAGUGUAAGGUUCUGAAGCAGCUGGAAAAUCUGGACCAGCAGAAGUAUGACGAUGAGGACAUUACGGAAGACAUCAAGUUCCUGCUGGAGAGUCUGGGAGAGAGCGUUCAGGACCUCAGUUCGUUUGAUGAGUACAGCUCAGAGCUGAAGUCGGGUCGCCUGGAGUGGAGCCCGGUCCACAAAUCAGAGAAGUUCUGGCGUGAGAACGCUGUUCGCCUCAACGAGAAGAACUACGAACUCCUCAAGAUCCUUACUCGGCUGCUGGAGGUAUCUGAUGAUCCUCAGGUUAUUGCUGUAGCUGCUCAUGAUGUUGGAGAAUAUGUCAGACACUACCCUCGGGGGAAACGGGUGAUAGAGCAGCUUGGAGGUAAACAGCUGGUGAUGAACCACAUGCACCAUGACGAUCAGCUGGUCCGCUACAACGCCCUGCUGGCCGUGCAGAAACUCAUGGUCCACAACUGGGAGUAUCUGGGGAAGCAGCUCCAGUCGUCUGACCAGCAGCAGCAACCGGCUGUGGCCACCAGGAGCUGAUCUCCUGACCCCUGCAUGGAACCCACUCUGUGUCUGGGUUUGCAUACAUGUACUGGGGUAUACAUGCAUACCAGUGUAUGUGUGGCUGAUUGUGUGUAUCUAUGUACAUCAUCCAAUGAAAUUACCUGGAUCAACUGUCCAGUUUAUGUCAGGAGUUGAUGUGUAAAAGGUGUCUCUUUUCUUACCUGUCAAUUCUCCACUCUGGCUGUAUGUUGAUUUCCUGGUCAUGCUACAGUAUAUUAUGUCAUGUGUCCUCACACCUAUGUGAUGUAAGGUGAUUUAAAUAGCACUUUGUGUUGUGAUCAAUUUUAAAUGGCUGAAGUUAUUUGUGUCGUGUGUGUAAAACGUUGUGAGUAUGCAUUCCAAUAAAACUAAUAUAGAGGGUC